ACAAAACGUCUAUCUAUACCAAAGGAAAUGUUUCUUUAAUUCCAGACGCAUUUUCCUUCCACGGAAACAAGCAAAAAGGCGGAACUCAUCAUUGACGAAGCUAAAUGGUUUAACAAGAAGCACGAAAUUCAAAGAGUGGGUCUUGUUUCUCAAACCAUAAAGGCUGUAGAAGAUUUGUCUCUUUUAAAGGUAAACCACCUAUGAAACGGCAUACUUCAACAUCAACAAAUGGACAGAAAGGAGAAAAUAAUCACAUGGAAGCGAUGUUUACGAAUAAUGGGAAAAUUAUUAUGGGGACAUGCGGCUGCACUGAUUAUUUUUGGAUUAGCUGUUCAAGCUUCAGAAGCGAACCAGAACUAUGUAAAACCAGAAACCUUGGAACGGAGGUUUAGUUUUACAGAUCCCCUCGCGAAUGCAAACCAACCCUUUACUAACAUAACAUCUAACUCUAAUCGUUUAUUUAUAUCAACUAAAAGGUCGCCUACCCGCUCAGAUUUUGACCAAUAUGUACAAAAUAAGCAAUAUAACAAAAUAAAUGAUGCUGGGCACCAACUGAUAAAUAGGUUUAGAGCAAACGAGAAUCACGAAUUUUUAGAAGUGAAUUCUAACUCUCGUGCAGUCAGAUCUUCUGUUCCUUUUAGUCAAAGUCAAGAAUGUACUGCAUCAAAAGAUAAAGUAACUGAACUUGAAAAUAUGCUGAAUGUUGUAUUGCCAAAUGCUGAAAUGCCAUCAACAGGAAGUAAUUGUACACUAAAUGCUGUUAAUGCGGAUAAUUGUGGCAACCUACUAACUUUAAUAAUGUGCGGCGUCACUCAUUUAGAAAAUUUAUUUAUACAAUCGAUUCAAAAAAUCAUUUCGACAGAAGAAUAUACUAAGUUGAACAAUGCUUAUAGCUAUUUAUCCGUACAAAUUCAACAAUUUAAUGAUCAAAUACAACCGUCAUUUUCAGAAGAACAUCGAAAAAACUUAGGCAGAUUGAAUAACAAGUUUCACAAAUUAAGCACAGCCUUCAAUAAUACUAUUGUUCAAUUUCGAGAAAACAUAAAAAAAUUGUGCAUUUCAGAAAUAGGUAAUGGGAAUACUGAAACAGCUGUAAGUAAGUUUAAAGAAUUWAAAGAAUUUGGUAGUGUUAAUCUUUUGCAUAAUAUUAUAGAUAUAGCGUAUGCCAAGUACGGUCAAAUGAAUAAUUUUGAUAAUAUAAUACAUUUCAUUGCACAGUUACCUUGGUUUUCGGAUAAAGUGAUUAGCUAUGAGGUAGUAUAUAACAUGAUGGAGAAAAAUACUCCUAAAAUCUUUGUUUUCCUCACACAAAUUGAAAAAAUGCUCAAUAGCCCAUAUAUGAUAGACAACGAACCAGUCUUUGUUUCCAGACUAAAUGAUUUAAAGAGUAAAACAAUAGUAUCUGUUUACAAUAUGUUUGAUCUAUGGGCAUGGAAGACACGCAGCAAUAACUAUCGAGAUAUUAUAGACUUUGCAAAGAUGCCACAAGUAUGUGUUGUUACUAGCUAUUUACCUCAGAUUGUUAAAACUGUUUACAUCAAUGAUUUAAGUAAUUUUAAUAACGCAUUUAAUUUUAUACGAAAACUUUCAUUGCUAGAGCAUCGCUAUGUAGCGUAUAAAACUCUCCUAGAUGAAAUGGUCAAAAAUAAACAGAUCUACAAUUCUGAAAUAAUUAGGUUUGCUUAUGAAGUUGCAAAAGCGAUGUCAAGUGCUGAUGCUAAUGUAUCCAAAUCGCUCAUUAGCCAGCUUCAAAAAUUAAAAAAUCGUUUUCCAGCUUAUGUAUGGCAGCUCUUGCAUGAAAAUCAAACAUGUACUAUACAAAGUUCUAAGUAUCUUGAAUAUGCGUAUAUUGCAAAUCCAGGGUUCCAUAUAAAUUCAGGAUCAGACCGAUUUGUGUUCACAUGGUGUGAAGGAUGGCCUUAUAGUGCUGGCCUUUGGAAAUUUGUACCUGUAGAUGAUGCGGCAUAUUUUAACAUUAUAAGUAAUUACUACGAUCCCACAAUAUAUUAUUUAUGUCAAAGGUAUAAUAGUAACGAAGUAUAUGCAUCUAAUUUAAAUGUGGGUGGAAAAUGGCAAAUUGAGCCUAUUAAUAUAGAUGGUGUUGUAAGGUUUAGAAUGAAAAACACUAGAAAUGAGUAUGUAUAUGCUGUAAGUGAACAAAAUAAGUAUGAUAGCUGCAGACGUUACGUAUCUGUUUGGCAGAAUGAACAAGAUCGACCAUCAGCAAACAGUAACUGGAGAAUAACCUGUAAUGAAAUCAACAGCUUUGUUGAUUGAAAAAGUAAUGCAUUUUAUUGCAUUGAUGUAAAGGAGCAUCCACAAUAGACAUUUUCAAAUACUCAUUUGAGUUGACUUGAUUAUUAUUCAAAUACUUUACGUGCUAAUUUGCUUGCACAAAUUAUUCAAAAAUUUAUUGAAACGUAAAAAAAAUAAAAGAAAUUAAAAGAAAAACUAAAGUAACCCUGAAAUCAUACGAGAUGUUUAUCCUUCUUUCAACAGUCCUUUGUAGUACUCUGCAACAUCAGAUUAUUUUUGAACAACGUUACUUCAUCCAAUAAAGUUUUUUUCUACGGAUUUGAUACACACAAAUAUUUCAAUGAAAUGCCUUAUUUUUCUGUGGACAAAAUGUGUAUAAAAUUUCAAUCGACACUUUAUUUCUAUUUAGCAAAUAGUAUAUUAGAUUGUAUAGGUUUUUGACGGAAUAGGGGCACUAGCGAUGAGUUAAACUAUGUAUCGAACAUUACCUAUAAUAGUAUACCUAGAUAAAAGUAAGCCUCUAUUCAGUAAAAAGUAAACCUCUACUUUUUUAGACCUAGCUAAAGCGAUUGACACUGUAGAUCGCAAGAUACUAUUAGGAAAGUGCAUGGAAGCAAGGUUACUUUCUCUAGAAUUCCCUAGGAGUCGACCAACCGAAAGUUUUGGAAGAUAAUCUUAUUUUUCAUAUCAUCUAGAACUGUUAUGUAAUGACUAUGAUUUGGCACUCUUUCAAAAGUCCUAAUGAUGUUUAUUACCGCACUAGUGCUUUCUUAAACUAAUACCGCUCGACAGCGUCGUCGUACAAAUCUUCACAUGAGUUAUGGGCAACAUUGUAUAGGAAAAAUGCUGACCUACCGCUAGCCCACGUUUGUGCUGAAUAUGAACUAUUAAUUUAUAUAAGCUAUUGACCGGCCAUUUUGUACUUCAUUCCAGAGUGUAUUCCCAGUAUAGUUAAGGAAUGGUUGAAGUAGUAAAAAUAUAGUUUUUAAAAGAA